GUUUUUGACGGUAUCAGCACAGUUCAUAUCCAGCUUCAAUAGUAAGUACAGACGAUCCAUAUCAAAAUGGUUUUCACUUUAGCCGUCGUUUUGCUAACUGUCUUCAGUUCUGCCUACUGCUCUGGCAAAGACUCAUAUGGAUAUGGUAGCGGGUAUGGCUCUGGAUAUGGAUCCGGAGUUGGAUCCGCAGUCCUUCUAGGAGGUGGCGGUAGUGGAUAUGGUGAUUACGGACUCGGAUCCGGUAUCGGAUCUGUAGCUGUUCUAGGAGGUUUAUCCGGCGCUGGAUACGGACCAGUAGGAAAAGGCGGAUACGGACCAGCACCAGUUGUUGUCAGUGGUGGAUACGGCUCUGGGUAUGGCUCUGGGUAUGGAUCCGGAGUUGGAUCUGCAGUCCUUCUAGGAGGUGGCGGCAGCGGAUAUGGUGGUUACGGACUCGGAUCCGGUGUCGGAUCUGUAGCUGUUCUCGGAGGUGUUUCCGGUUCCGGAUAUGGACCAGUAGGCAAAGGCGGAUAUGGACCAGCACCAGUUGUUGUCAGUGGUGGAUACGGUUCAGGAUAUGGCUCUGGAUAUGGAUCCGGAGUUGAAUCCGCAGUCCUUCUAGGAGGUGGCGGAAGCGGAUAUGGACCAGUUUCCGGAGGUAAAGGUGGAUACGGACCAGCACCAGUUGUUGUCAGUGGUGGAUACGGAUCUGGAUAUGGAUCUGGAUAUGGAUCCGGAGUUGGAUCUGCAGUCCUUUUAGGAGGUGGUGGUAGCGGAUAUGGACCAGUUUCCAGAGGUUAUGGCUCAGGAAUCGCUUUGGGUUCAGUUAUUGUCGGAAGCGGAUCUGGUGCUGGAUAUGGAUAUGGACCAGUCAAAGGAGGUAACGGAUACGGUCCAGGACCAGUUGUUGUAAGCGGUGGAUACGGAGCUGGAUACGGAGCUGGAUACGGACCAGUCUCAGUCGGAGCAGGUUACGGACCAGUCUCAGUUGCAGCUGUCGGUGUCGGAGGUGGUUAUGGCUACGGAAAAGGAUCCCAAUACUAAGGUGAAGUGAUUAUGAAGAAAGUCCCUAAUGAUAAUGAAUCCAUACCAUUAUGACAGCAGUUCUUGGUUUCUGUAACAUUCCCUCAUACACCAAGAGCUGUAUCACGUUAUCAUUAUUGUAUAGAUGAAGUUCAUUAAUAAAUGUAACCCGCAACAAUUAA